CUCCGCUGACAACCCUUCAUACCUCACUCCAGCACCCUGAUUUGUAUAUCUCAUACUUGUCAUCUUACAUCUUUCGCCUCACCCCUCUCCUCCCUCUCCCAUUCGCCUUCCCCUAUCGCAGCCCUUAAGUCAAUGGCGGCCCUACCUCCUGUCAGGUCGUUACCCCACUCAAUCCAGCCUCUAUCGCCAAUUUGAGUUGCGUGCACUACCGUUUUCCUUCCACCCGCUCCCCUGCGCUGUCAUCUCGUCGAAAAGAAGAAACAAAUCAAGUUAUACCCGGCCAAGGUCAUGACCCCUCUCUCAUCCUGAGAUGGCCGCGGAAAUUCUUCAUGAGCUGCAGCUGCAGCACACCACACCGCAAAAAGCGCUCCAGAACCAAGACAUCGAUAUCGACGUAACAUCAACUGAAAAGCCCCCGCAACAAAACAACAGUCUCGACCAUCCGAAGAAGAAAUUCGCACUAGAACGUUGUAACCCCGGUCCUCCAGCCUCGCGCCCGCGAACCCCGCAGGAUAUCGUUGAGAACCGGGCGGAGGGUAAGCUAGACAUAUCAUCUAGCGAACUGAGCAUUGGUGACUUCGAGCUGCUACAAACACUGGGUACAGGCACAUUUGCUCGAGUAUGGCUGGUUCGCCUCUUGAAACACACAGGUAAAAUUAAGAACGGAGCCUAUGCGCUCAAGGUUCUUCAUAAAGCGGAUGUUAUAAAACUGAAACAGGUUGAGCAUGUCCGGAAUGAAAUCGAAACCCUAAAUGCGGUUGCUGGGCACCCUUUCAUCACUACCCUGGUCGCCACAUUUACAGACGAUCUGAGCUUAUAUAUGUUGCUCGAAUAUUGCCCAGGAGGAGAGAUUUUCACAUUCUUGAGACGCGCACGGAGGUUUGACGUGUCGACUGCCCAAUUUUAUGCUGCGGAAAUCGUCUUAAUUCUUGAAUUUCUCCACGACGUCCAUGGCAUCGCAUACCGCGACCUCAAGCCCGAGAACAUCCUCCUUGAUGCAGAUGGCCACCUCAAACUCGUUGAUUUCGGAUUUGCGAAAGAGAUUUGGAGCAGGGAAACCUACACACUCUGUGGUACGCCAGAGUACCUAGCACCAGAAGUCAUCCAUAACUCCGGCCACGGCCUAGCUGUUGAUUGGUGGGCUCUGGGCGUCCUGAUAUACGAGUUCAUAGUCGGACAACCUCCAUUCUGGGACCCAAAUCCUAUGCGCAUAUACAAACAGAUUGUUGAUGGAGUCCUACGAUUUCCUGCCAACAUGCCCCCAGCCGCGCAGGAUAUUGUAUCUCGGCUGUGCAAAACGAACCCAUCCGAGCGCCUGGGUCACAUAAAAGGGGGAUCCGCCAGAGUGAAGCAACAUUCCUUCUUCAAGGGAGUCAAUUGGGAUGAUAUUUACCACCGACGAAUGAAGGGACCCAUAGUCCCCCGUGUGGAUUCCCCGACCGAUGCAGGGAAUUUCGAAAUUUACCCGGACCCCCCACACCCGUCGGAGCUUGCUCCAUACACGAAGGAUAUGAGAGACGCGUAUGAGCAUAUAUUCAAGACUUUCUAAUUGAUAUAUAACUGGGCAGGCCGUGGUAGCUAUGGAUCGCCAGGCAGUAGGGAAUCCGUAUUAUCCACUAUGGCUCCUUCCACCCCCAACCCCCCAUUAUCCGGCGUUAUCGAUGAGAUUCAGCACCAUAUACUCAUUUUUCACGCUGCUUGUAUCAGCAGUACCUCACCGUUUCUCCUUUUUCCGUACUUUGUCUAUCAUCGAUUUUGGGAGUCACACAUCAGGGAUAGAUAUAUCUAACUAUAGCCCCCUCUCAUUGCUUCUUCCCCGCUCCCCCUCGCCUCCCAGCUUCAUAGCUGUCAACACGCCUCAUAACGCUGCGCGAGACAAACCGCAAUUUUGUAUCGCUCGUUCUCAUCCAGAUCAUAUCCUGGUUGGUUUACAUUGCUGGAAUCUAACAUCUUCCCGCUCCACUGACCACGCCAACAACAAUAUACAUACAUACAUAUAUAUAUUUUUAUAUGUCUACUUAUCUAUCU